CUGACGAAGUUUGCAGGAACAGUUGGCCUCUCGCACGUCCGCACAAACUCCGAAAUGGCGUCGCGGAGCGUCCGCAAACAAGUCGUGACGACCACGACGACGGCGCCGUCGUCCCAGUACGUUUCGCAGCAAGACCGCGCGGACAGCCCGGCGAACCCGGUGUCGCCUCGGACAUCUCGCUCGUCGGACACCAACGCCGGCGGGAGCCGCGAACGCUCGCGCUCGCCGCUCUCGGCGUCCAGGGUUUCGAGGAUUCAGGAGAAGAACGAGCUGGCCCACCUCAACGGCCGGCUGGCUGCGUACAUCGACCGCGUGCGUCACCUAGAGUCGGAAAACAGCAAGCUGACCAAACAGAUGACGAGCGAGGAGACCCGCACCCGGGAAGUCGUCAGCGUUAAAAUCAUGUUCGAGCGUGAGCUUGUCGACGCACGCCGCACCAUCAACCUGACCGCAAACGAGAGGGCCAAACUGCAGCUCGACGCCAAGAAGUGGCAGACAGAGGCAGAGACCCUGCAAACGAAACUCGCCAAACGAAAACGCGAGUGGUCCGCAGCUGAGCAACAGGUCACAUCGCUCGAAUCUCAAAACGUUGACCUCCAGGGACGUCUGAAUCAGGCCCUUGCACAACUCAAGUAUCCGGAGGCAGAGCGGGACGCGAUGGCGAAGGAGCUUGAGAAGCUCCGCAAAAAGCUGGAGGCGGAGAUUCUGCGGGACGUCGAACUGCGGAACAGGGCCAAGACCCUCUCCGAAGACCUCGAUUUCCGGAAGUCCCUCUACGAGAAGGAGCUCCAGGAGGUGCGCGUGGCCAAGCAGACGGAGAUCACGGAGAUCGACGGGUGGCUGAAGGAGGGCUACGAGCUGCGCCUGGCGGACACGCUGAUGACGCUGCGAGAACAGUACGAGUCGCAGAUGCAGCUGGACCGGCAGAAAACGCAGGACAUCUACAAGAACAAGAUGCGUGACCUUCAGAGACUUCUCGAUCAGAGCUCCAGCGACAGCUCCAGCAAGAUGGAGGAGAUGCGGGCGUACAUGUCGCGCCUCGAGGGACUCAACUCCAAGAUCUCGGGGCUCGAGUGGCAGAACCUGUCCCUGACGGCCCGUGUGCGAGACCUGGAGCGUCUGCUGGACCAGGAGCGGGAGUGGCACGGCCGGGCCCUGAUGGCCAGGGAGGAAGAGAUCUCCCGGUUGUGGGCGGAGAUCGAGGACCAGCUGCGGAAGUACCAGGACCUGCUGGACAUCAAGGCGGCUCUGGACCUCGAGAUUGCCGCGUACCGCGAGCUCCUGGAGGGCGAAGAGUCUCGGCUGCACAUUACGCCCAGCGCAUCUACCAGCGGGGCUGAGAUGUACACCAGUCCGCUGCUCCAAGGCGCCAAGCGCAAGCGGACCUUCUCCCACCGAGAGGACCAGUCAAACUUCGACGUCCAGGUCUCCGCAUCCGCCAAGGGGGACCUAGAGAUCUCGGACCACUGCCCAGACGGAAAAUACGUCAUCAUAAAGAACAAGGGCACGAAGGAGAUUCCAUUGGCUGGCUGGCGGAUCGACCGCAAGUCCGGCAACGAUGACUUCACCUUCCGGUUCCACCGGAACCACGUCAUCCAACCGGGAACCACCACCACGGUAUGGAGCUCCGACGCCGGUGCAGCACACAGCCCUCCGUCGGACCUGGUCAUGCGCAACCAGCAGUGGCCCCACGUUGAACAGAUGCGCACUGCCUUGCUCAGCGCUGAUGGGGAGGAGGUGGCCUUUCGGGAAAACCGGCGGCGUCAGUUCACGCGCCUCUCGGAAAGGUCGUCCGGCGCGGGAGGAUAUUCGACGGGGCGUGAGCCCCUUUUCCACGAGCACGAUCCCAACGAGCCCAACCGCUGCUGCGUGAUGUAAAGAGGCAAGAAAAAAAUGAAAAAAGUCAUUAGAGUGGCGGAACCUUAGUGCCAUUUAUUUUAUUGGUUGUAUUCCUUUUGCCGUUCUCUGUACUUCUCUCUUGACCCACCUGUUUGUGACUGCAGUUGUUUUAUCCUUAAAAGAAAGAAAAAAAAAUAGCUUAACGUGUCCCCACAUAACCUGUCUAAAGCAUUUCUGUAACUUGUUAACUUCAUAUUCUAACCCCUUUGUGUGCGUGCUUUUGUUGCUGUCGUUUCAUGACGCAUGUAACCUACAUGUUACAUUAAAGUGUUGUCUUGUUCGUAGUGUAGUGCUUGUUCGUUUAGUUUUGUGGACAGGGGAACAACAUUACUUGCAGCAAACCUUGCGUGGUGUUUGCUAUGGUUUUUCCAAACCUUUUUCCUGUGUUGGAGAUAAAACCUUCAGUUUUUAAACCUUAAUCGCUUUAGAAAAAGGGUGUAACUGCAACAUCACUGCAAUAGGUUUCGGGAGGACAUCAUUCUGCAGCCCUGGCAGCAGUUUCUGAAGCUCUGGUUUCGCUAAGAAUUUUUGGCCAGUUUUUUGGGCAAGUCGACUCCGGUGUGUUGCAAUUAUAAGCGCAGGUCGUACCAAGAACAACAUAAGUACCUUGUGAACCAUAUUUCUUAGUUUGCCAACUGUACCUGUGAAGUGCUUUUUACCAAAAAAGCAGGUUGCUUUUUUUUUUACGUGGGCGACACGGGGGUUAAUCUGUUCUACGGCAGACGCGACUUUGUCCUGCAGUUUAUUGGAAUGCGGGCAGAGUGUUUUGGUGCACUUGAUUAUGGAUAUUUUGACUUUGAUCGAUGUCUUCGGAAAUGUCUGUUUGUUUGACCUCGCAAACAAAAAAAAAAUUACCUUUUUUUCACAAUUUUGUUUGAAUUUAUUGUGUGUUACAUCGGAGCACCAUAUUUAUGCUUGGUUUUUAAACUGCCCAGUUGAAAUUGCUGCGUUUGUACAGUUUAGUGGUUGCACUGGUUGUUCAAUGAUGUAUGUUAAUCAAAAACAUCGCAGGCAAGGCUAACGUGUUGUUUGGGGUUAGUCUCUAGAUUUUCUUUGUCAGGGGAAUAUGGAUCUUGUCAAUCAUUUCCCUUCACUCGCGAUUUUAGCAGUUGCAGAGUUCUCGGGUGUGUACACUUGUGCGCAGUCGUUGAUGUUAAUAAUUGCCAAGGUAAUUGCACUGCCGAUACAAAUACCAUUUCACCUCCUCCGCAAUCAUGGCAGUGAGUUUAGAUCCUAAAUUUUUUUUGCCAAAGUUUCUGGUUACACUCUGUGUGAACUGCUCGAUGUUUUGCCGGCUAGAUUUUUUUACAAGCUUCUUAAUACAACGUAACUGUCGAAGUUCUUCAACAGAAACCUUUUUCGACUGUUGGACGUAGAGUCCCAUUUAGUUUCUCUGUUUGACAUGGAAUUUGCAGUUUUUUUUAUCCUUUCCAACUUGAGGUGGACCACAGCAGCUGCUACGAGCCAUCGGAGAAAAUCCAGUGCUGUAUUGGCUGGGAUUUCUCGUAGCAUGCACUGCAAUCCAUCAUUGCAGUGCAUGCUUCGAAGGUGUAGAGUAAGAGCUCAUCUCUUGUAUUGGGUUUGUCUUUGUUUAGUUGUGUAGCCUCUGCAAGCGCUUUUUUCCUUUGCCUUGGAUCCCAGUGAAAGUGAUCACUACUUCCAAACUCGUUCUUGUCAAAAUGUGCUUCUUGGUAUUUUUUCUGUUGAUAGCAUUUUUUUAAUGGAAAGCUAAACCUAUGGUGCCAGUUUCCACUGCCAUACCUCACCCUAGCGUGCACUUGAGUCUUAUUUAACCGUGCUGCAUGAACCCGCUACAUCAAGUUGCAUAUAUUAUCAGAGUUUCCCAGAGUAUUCAAUAUUGUUAGUCUCGCAAGAUGUGUCCCCGUCCUACAUUGACCUCGCUUUUGUUCAAAGUGUUUCUUUUUCGGGGUACCUUUUUCAUAAGUCUCGUGCUGUUAUAUAAACACUGCAAAUUAUUCGGCAGUCUCGGAACUGUCGUUCUUCACUUUUACUGUACAGAUUCGCAAUUAAAAGU